GAUCUCGGAAGGGCACGUAACCUACGCGUGGAGAGCGGGGAGCUGGUCGUGGUCGGUGGUUAGAGGACAGUAGGGAGGUUUCCAGCUGUGUACCGAUGGCCUGCGCUCUGGUCAGAUCAGCCCUGCGGAGAAAACCUCCUCUACAGCCCGCAGGAGCGGACAGGAGGCGCUACAGCCUCAGGAGUGGAACCCUCGAGCGGGCGAUUGCAGCGUUCCGCUCGGUCAGCGGGGAUGAAGGUGUGAGCCUGGGUGAAGCGGUCAGGGAACAGCACGGGAGGGACGAGUCUGUGCACAAGUGUCGCCCCCCGGAUGUCGUGGUGUUCCCCCGCUGUGUGGAAGAGGUCAGUGCUCUGGCCAAAAUCUGCCACCAAUACCAAUUACCCAUCAUCCCCUUUGGCACAGGAACAGGCCUAGAGGGAGGAGUGGGGGCUCUGAAAGGCGGAGUGUGUUUCAGCCUGAGGAACAUGGACGAGGUGCUGGACCUUCACCAGGAGGACUUUGAUGUGACCGUGGAGCCGGGCGUCACCCGAAAAGCUCUGAACUCCUACCUGAGGGGCACGGGGCUGUGGUUUCCCAUAGACCCGGGCGCUGAUGCAUCUCUCUGUGGGAUGGCGGCCACCAGCGCGUCCGGCACCAACGCUGUCCGCUACGGCACCAUGCGGGAGAACGUCCUGAAUCUGGAGGUGGUGCUGGCGGACGGCAGCGUCUUCCACACUGCAGGCAGGGGGCGCCGACCAAGGAAGACUUCCGCAGGUUAUAACCUGACCAAUCUGUUUGUGGGUUCGGAGGGAACUCUGGGUAUUCUGACGAAGGCGACUCUACGGCUGUAUGGAAUCCCGGAGAGCAUGGUAUCCGCCGUGUGCUCCUUCCCCUCCGUCCAGGCUGCGGUGGACAGUACCGUUCAGAUUCUGCAGACAGGAGUGCCCAUCGCCCGCAUUGAGUUUCUGGAUGAUGUGAUGAUUGGAGCCUGUAAUCGUUUCAACUCGCUGUCCUAUCCGGUGACACCCACCCUGUUUCUGGAGUUCCACGGCAGCUCCAAGAGCUUAGAGGAGCAGGUGUCCAUCACAGAGGAGAUCACGAGGGAGAACGGCGGAGGAGACUUCGCCUGGGCGGAGGACGAGGAGAUGCGGGCGCGGCUGUGGAAGGCUCGGCAUGACGCCUGGUACGCUGCACAGGCGCUGCGGCCGGGCUGCAAGGCGUACUCCACGGACGUCUGUGUGCCCCUGUCUUGCCUGCCUCAGAUCAUAGUGGAGACCAAAGAGGACCUGAUGAGGAACCACCUCACAGGUCCCAUCGCUGGCCAUGUAGGAGACGGAAACUUCCACUGUAUUAUGGUUCUGGACCCUGACGACCCGGAUGAAGUGCAGAGAGUUCACGAGUUCACCGAAAGGCUGGCCAGAAGGGCGCUGGCCAUGGAUGGUACCUGCACAGGUGAGCAUGGUGUGGGUUUGGGGAAGCGGACCCUGCUGAGGGAGGAGCUGGGACCGCAGGCUAUGGAGGUCAUGCAGCGCCUGAAGGCCACACUGGACCCCAAAAACCUCAUGAACCCGGGGAAGGUCCUGUAGAGGCCGAGGAGACACCAGCAGAGAGUCCAGUGAUGCUUUCUUGCUGCACUGUAGAUUAGGGACGGGUGAUAUGAUGAUACAGCAUUAUUAUAGUAAAUUAUGCCACAGUCAGGUUCUCUGAGCGCAUCUGAAGUAUUGUACUUAAAGAACACUGAACAACUGUGGGUUUCGUCCCCCAGGUAGAAUAACUGGUUUUGACAGCUUUGAAUCCUGAUUGUGCCCAAAAAAGUCAGAUGACGCCUUCUUAAACGUUUCGUGCUUAAAUGUAAGCAGGACACAGAUUUAUGCAAUCGACUGAGCCGAACCAAGCUGACAACUCUGACUCGGCAAAAAGGUUCAUCCAAACUAAACGUGGAAAAGGGUUUUCUAUUAUGUCAGUUUUGAAAUAAUGAAAACCCUUUUCCACGUUCAGUUUGGAUGAAUAUUUUUGCAGAGUCAGGGUUGUUAAAGCAGGAGAUGGUCUCUGGUUGAAAUAUGAAUAUCUUUCUAAUGCUCAACAUUGCUGCGAUGGACUGGCGACCUUCCACCCGGUGACCGCUAGGAUAGGCUCCAGCUCCCCCCUGCGACCCAGAAGGAGAAGCGGCUUAGAAGGUGUGUGUGUGUGUGUGUGUGUGUGUGUGUGCCCAACGUGGCAUCUGUUUGUAGAGCAAGUCCCAAUCUCAUUUCACCCCUCGCCCCUACCACUUAACCCUUAGCCCUCUGUUUUGUGCGUCCACGUCUGGGGUAGGGUGCCCUGGUUUUCUGUUGAGAUAGGAGGGUAAGGCGAAGUGUUUGGGCUACAUGGCCCUACAAAUACAGUGUAUGAGAAAAAAAGAAAAGAUGGCUGCACAAGCGACCAAAGAAACCCCCAAAUGUGAGAAUUUGUCUCAGUCGCUAGCUAAAGGUCCCGUUCCACCUUAAAUGAGGCAGCAGUUCUAACGCCUGAGGCACCAGAAUGUACUUGCUGCUGCUACUUUAAGGUGGAAAGGGAAAAUUUGAACAAGAAGCUGGUGAAUAGCUGACAUCAGCUUCAUAACACUGUAGAAUUAGGGGUGGGCGAUAAUAAAUAAUUGCCCCCCUCUUUGAAGAUGUAUGACCCCCUAAAUGUAACUAAAGCCCAGCAGUGAGGAGCUGAACUUUCCCCUCCUCUGCCGUCCCUGCAGACGGGCAGGGUCACCUACAGAGCAGCGCUAGUAGCUGUUAAUGAAGUGAUGCUCUUUUUAUUUGAGGGUCUGAUUUCAUAGAGGAAGAUUUCUACCACUACCUCUUAUAACUCUGUUCUAAAGGGCAAAGUGACAUUCAAAGACAAGGGGUAGGGGUAAAAAUAAGAAAUGGGAUUGGGCCCAAGUCUUGAGGGAAAAGCUGCCCCCUUGUUGUCAAGACCUGCCCAAACACAGAAUUCAGAACGGUCUGUGAAAACACGUUUUUGUGUUUACUGAGCCAAACACUUCAAGGUUUUUGUCAGACUUUAUCAAUGAUCAAUGAUAAAAUGUGUUUUUGAAAUGUUAAUUUGACCUUCAGUUUUGAGUAUUUUGGUCUCUCCCUAUUCAGAGAGAGGAGUCAGGUCUUGGCUGGAAAUUGGCUGGAGCUAUGGCUGGAAAUAACUGUCUAGUGGUGUUGCAAAGGUGGCUGCUGAGUAAACAAACUUUCCUAUAAGGACUUUUGCUAAGAGUUGUGCAGCUCGGCAUAUUCAACUGCCAAAACUAGCUGUUUCUCCGUUAAUGACUAGGAGGGUCAAUACGUGUGAAUACUGAACAGUAGCUGUGAUGAUAUACAGCAAGAUUUUUAACAUGUGGGCACAGUGGAUGUUGCUCCAUUGAGAACAAUGAAAGGAGGUGCCCUUGAGACAGUUUGUGAAGGCAUCGCCUGAACGGACCCUAAGAAUGCAAUAGGAAUGUGACUGGCUCUAUUUAACUGAAUGCAGUGAUGCACAGUGUCACUAUAAAAGUUAUUGUUUUCAUAGUUUUUGAAACUAUUUUUCGCAUUUUUAAAAAUCAUGUAUCGUAAAAAACGUCUUCAUCAUAUUUCCCACCCCGGACUGCAAGGCUUUCAUCCGCCAGAUGCUGAAUUGAGGCUCAGCAGGAGGUCGGUAGUAUCUACUGCCAUCGUGAUGUAAGCUUUUCAGAAAUGCAUGUGGUGCCUUCAUGCGUACACUCAGAGUUGCUCUCAGUCAGGUUUCAUCUCAGUCCUUCCAGGAGAUGAGAUUGAGAUUGUAUUUCAUAUUCAUGUGUUUCUGAUCUGUGAAUCUGGCUCCUCGCUCAAUCAGCUCAGUUGAAUUAGAACUGAAAAAGCACAGUGAUGACUGAGCAGCUUAGCUUUCAGAGACAUGAAGCUUACUGAGCUGUGUAUGAUCAGAGAG